UGCUCACAUGUUACUUCCUGUAUGGAGGCAUGGCCAGUUUCCAGCCCCGCGCUCCCGAUUCCUCCCCAGCCUGCGCCGGAGCCACAACUUUCAGGAGCAUGGACUGAAGGCGCCCUCGCCCCAGCGCCCCUCUGAGAUCCUUUGUGUUUUCCUGCGUUUCCUCCGGCCGUUUCUAUUCUGGGGGGGCCCUUCGAUCCCCCCGCCUCUGCCCUCCCCUUCCCCGAUCGCAAACAUGCCUCCUUCCUUCCCGGGGCCCUGGAAGGAGCUGCCUGCCUGAAGCCCGGAGACGCCGCGCCGCGAUCAGCCCGCCGCCGCCCGCCGGCUCUCCGGCUGCGCUGUGCUGCCGACUCAAGUUGGAGAUCCUCGGCUGCUCGCCGUCGCCGCCCGCGGUCCCUGCCUGCCCCGGGCCCCGGGCUUCGUCGCCGUCCGCCCACUCCUCGCCCUGCCCGCUCCGCUCUCUGCUGUUUGAACGGCAACCAGCCCUUCUCCGCCGAGAGGAUCGUCCCCAGCGUGGCUUUGCAUCCUCAGUCACUUUUUGAGAUUUUCCGGGGGGGCGCUCGGCGGCUUCCCGGAUUCCAGGGGGACUCGCCGCUGAGCGUGGGGGGCCCGUGGAGCUGGCGAGCCGGGAGAGCGCCCAGGCUUAGCGGAGGCUCGCACGGAAGCAAGAACUUAUUCAACAAGUUUACCCCCCCUGCUUUCUUCUUUUCGAUGUGCGUUUUCGGACAUGCGGAGGUUACUGGAACCGUGUUGGUGGAUUUUGUUCCUGAAAAUCACCAGUUCCGUGCUCCAUUAUGUGGUGUGCUUCCCCGCCUUGACGGAAGGCUACGUCGGGACCCUGCAUGACAGCAGACACGGCAGCUCAGUGCAGAUCCGCAGACGCAAGGCUUCAGGGGACCCAUACUGGGCUUACUCUGGUGCCUAUGGUCCUGAGCACUGGGUCACGUCCAGCGUCAGCUGUGGGGGUCGUCACCAGUCCCCAAUAGACAUCUUAGACCAUCAUGCACGUGUUGGUGAAGAAUACCAGGAGCUACAACUCGAUGGCUUUGACAAUGAAUCUUCUAACAAAACCUGGAUGAAAAACACAGGGAAAACAGUGGCCAUCCUUCUCAAAGAUGACUAUUUUGUGAGUGGUGCUGGCCUGCCUGGCAGAUUCAAAGCCGAGAAGGUGGAGUUUCACUGGGGCCACAGCAAUGGCUCUGCGGGCUCCGAACACAGCGUCAACGGCAGGAGGUUUCCCGUGGAGAUGCAGAUUUUCUUUUACAAUCCAGAUGACUUUGACAGCUUUCAAACUGCAAUUUCUGAGAACAGAAUAAUUGGAGCCAUGGCCAUAUUUUUUCAAGUCAGUCCGAGGGACAAUUCUGCACUGGAUCCUAUUAUCCACGGGUUGAAGGGUGUCGUCCAUCAUGAGAAGGAGACCUUCCUGGACCCCUUUGUCCUGCGAGACCUUCUGCCGGCAUCCCUGGGCAGUUACUACCGCUACACGGGCUCCCUGACCACCCCGCCCUGUAGCGAGAUCGUGGAGUGGAUCGUCUUCCGGAAGCCCGUCCCCAUCUCUUACCACCAGCUGGAGGCUUUUUAUUCCAUCUUUACCACGGAGCAGCAAGACCACGUGAAGUCGGUGGAGUACCUCAGAAAUAACUUCCGACCGCAGCAGGAACUGAAUGACAGGGUGGUGUCCAAGUCCGCCAUCCGGGACGCCUGGAACCACGAUAUGGCCGACUUCUUAGAAAACCCACUCGGGACAGAAGCAUCUAAAGUUUGCAGCUCCCCACCCAUCCACAUGAAGGUGCAGCCUCUGAACCAGACGGCCCUCCAGGUGUCCUGGAGCCAGCCAGAGACCAUCUACCACCCACCCAUCAUGAACUACAUGAUCUCCUACAGCUGGACCAAGAACGAAGACGAGAAAGAGAAGACGUUCACAAAGGACAGUGACAAAGACUUGAAAGCCACCAUUAGCCAUGUCUCACCCGAUAGCCUUUACCUGUUCCGAGUCCAGGCCGUGUGUCGGAAUGACAUGCGCAGCGACUUCAGCCAGACGAUGCUCUUCCAAGCUAAUACCACUCGAAUAUUCCAGGGAACCAGGAUUGUGAAAACAGGAGUGCCCACAGCGUCUCCUGCCUCUUCAGCUGACAUGGCCCCCAUCAGCUCGGGAUCUUCCACCUGGACGUCCUCUGGCAUCCCCUUCUCAUUUGUUUCCAUGGCAACCGGGAUGGGCCCCUCCUCCAGUGGAAGCCAAGCCACCGUGGCCUCAGUGGUCACCAGCACGCUCCUUGCAGGCCUGGGUUUUGGGGGAGGGGGCAUCUCCUCCUUCCCCAGCACCGUGUGGCCCACGCGUCUCCCCACCGCUGCCUCCGCCAGCAAGCAGGCGGUGAGGCCAGUGCUUGCGACCACGGAGGCCCUGGCUUCUCCAGGGCCCGACAGUGAUUCGGCACCCACCAAAGACAGCGAGGGCACAGAAGAUGGGGAGAAGGAUGAGAAAAACGAGAGUGAGGAUGGAGAACGGGAGCAUGAGGAGGAAGGAGAGAAGGACUCGGAGAAGAAGGAGAAGAGCGGGGUGACCCGUGCCACCCAGGAGCAGAAUCGGGUCAUGCCCACCUCGACCCCCUCGACUCCUAACAGGACUACGGAGGAGGGCGGGCAUCAGACUAUACCGGGGCGCAGGCAGGACCAUCCUGCCACCCCUACAGAACAGCCAGGCCGGGCAGGGGAUGCCGCCCCAGGCCUGGACUCGGACGUGGUCACCCCCACCCAAGUGCCCCCCACAGCUACAGAGGAACAUUAUGCAGACAGCGAUCCCAAGAGGCCCGAAGUACCAUCUAAAAAGCCUGGGUCCCGAGGGGACCGAUUUUCCGAGGAUAGCAAAUUUAUCACUGUCAACCCAGCAGAGAAGAACACCUCAGGAAUGAUCAGCCGCCCUUCUCCUGGGAGGAUGGAGUGGAUCAUCCCUCUGAUUGUGGUGUCAGCCUUGACCUUCCUGUGCCUCAUCCUCCUCAUUGCCGUCCUCGUUUACUGGAGAGGGUGUAACAAAAUAAAGUCCAAGGGCUUUCCCAGACGUUUCCAUGAAGUGCCUUCUUCUGGGGAGAGAGGAGAGAAGGGGAGCAGAAAAUGUUUCCAGACCGCUCAUUUCUAUGUGGAAGAUAGCAGUUCACCUCGGGUGGUCCCCAAUGAAAGUAUUCCUAUUAUUCCUAUUCCGGAUGAUAUGGAAGCCAUUCCUGUCAAACAGUUUGUCAAACACAUCGGGGAGCUCUAUUCUAAUAACCAGCACGGGUUCUCUGAGGAUUUUGAGGAAGUCCAGCGCUGUACAGCUGAUAUGAACAUCACUGCAGAACAUUCCAAUCAUCCAGAUAACAAGCACAAAAACAGAUACAUCAACAUUUUAGCAUAUGAUCACAGUAGGGUGAAGUUAAGACCUUUACCAGGAAAAGAUUCUAAGCACAGCGACUACAUUAAUGCAAACUAUGUUGAUGGUUACAACAAAGCAAAAGCCUACAUUGCCACCCAGGGACCUUUAAAGUCUACAUUUGAAGAUUUCUGGAGAAUGAUUUGGGAACAAAAUACUGGAAUCAUCAUCAUGAUUACAAACCUUGUGGAGAAAGGAAGACGAAAAUGUGAUCAAUAUUGGCCAACAGAGAAUAGUGAGGAGUACGGGAACAUAAUUGUCACACUGAAGAGCACAAAAGUACAUGCCUGCUACACUGUUCGUCGUUUUUCAGUCAGAAAUACAAAAGUGAAAAAGGGCCAGAAAGGAAAUCCCAAGGGUCGUCAGAACGAGAGGGCAGUGAUCCAGUAUCACUAUACACAGUGGCCUGACAUGGGAGUUCCUGAGUAUGCCCUCCCGGUCCUGACCUUCGUGAGGAGAUCCUCAGCAGCUCGGAUGCCAGACAUGGGCCCUGUGUUGGUGCACUGCAGCGCUGGCGUGGGCAGGACAGGCACCUACAUUGUGAUAGACAGCAUGCUGCAACAGAUCAAAGAUAAAAGCACAGUCAACGUCCUGGGAUUCCUGAAGCAUAUCAGGACACAGCGCAACUACCUCGUCCAGACAGAGGAGCAGUAUAUUUUCAUCCAUGAUGCCUUGUUGGAAGCCAUUCUUGGAAAGGAGACUGAAGUAUCUUCAAAUCAGCUGCAUAGCUAUGUCAACAGCAUCCUCAUACCAGGAGUAGGAGGCAAGACACGACUGGAAAAACAAUUCAAGCUUGUCACACAGUGUAAUGCAAAAUACGUGGAAUGCUUUAGUGCUCAGAAAGAGUGUAACAAGGAAAAGAACAGAAACUCCUCCGUCGUACCAUCGGAGCGUGCUCGAGUGGGUCUUGCACCAUUGCCCGGAAUGAAAGGCACAGAUUACAUUAACGCUUCUUACAUUAUGGGCUAUUACAGGAGCAAUGAAUUUAUUAUAACCCAGCAUCCUCUGCCGCAUACUACGAAAGAUUUCUGGCGAAUGAUUUGGGAUCAUAAUGCGCAGAUCAUUGUCAUGCUGCCAGACAACCAGAGCUUGGCAGAAGAUGAGUUUGUGUAUUGGCCAAGUCGAGAAGAAUCCAUGAACUGUGAGGCCUUUACUGUCACCCUUAUCAGCAAAGACAGACUGUGCCUCUCUAAUGAAGAACAAAUUAUCAUUCAUGAUUUUAUCCUUGAAGCUACGCAGGAUGACUAUGUCCUAGAAGUGCGGCACUUCCAGUGUCCCAAAUGGCCCAACCCAGACGCCCCCAUAAGCAGUACCUUUGAACUGAUCAAUGUCAUCAAGGAAGAGGCCUUAACAAGGGAUGGCCCCACCAUUGUUCAUGAUGAGUAUGGAGCAGUUUCAGCAGGAAUGUUAUGUGCCCUUACUACCCUGUCCCAGCAACUGGAGAACGAAAAUGCCGUGGAUGUGUUUCAGGUUGCAAAAAUGAUCAAUCUUAUGAGACCUGGAGUAUUCACAGACAUUGAACAAUACCAGUUUGUCUAUAAGGCAAUGCUCAGCUUGGUCAGCACUAAAGAAAAUGGAAAUGGUCCCAUGACAGUGGACAAAAACGGUGCUGUUCUUAUUGCAGAUGAAUCGGACCCUGCCGAGAGCAUGGAGUCUCUGGUGUGACUGGAAUCCUGAAAGGGCACUUAAUUUGUAAACUUCUGAAGACAGAGAACUUUUUUGAGGCCUUUUUUGCCAGACUCUAGGUUAUACAAUAACCCAGUUACUUUUUUACACUGAUAAAAGUUUUGAUAUUUAUUUUUUGCCAUUUUAUGUCUUAAUGGUAUCCUACUGAGCAUUUGCACCUCUGUUCAUUUCACACAGUGAAACGCAAUUUUACCUAGUUUGCACUAUAUGAUCAGUGUUACUGCCUAUAAUCUAAUAUUAAAGCAAACCCUAAUGUGACAUUCCAUGACAACAUGCAACUUUUUAGUUCAGUACAAUGAAGAUCUUUGUUGUGACAGUGAAUCUUGAUUUUGUCAUUGUUGCUAACGCAGUCAUUCUACUAGCAGGCAAUGCUGUACUUCUCCCGGUCCUCCCCUCCUGUUCUUCAGGCACUGUUCAAUGCUGAAUGCCUUCUGUAUUUUAGUGGAGUGGAUGAACAUUGUUUUCUUUUCUAGAACUGCAGGCUAUUGGGAGCUACUAAGAAGGUCUGUCAACAUUAUGGCCUUGAAAUUGUUCCAUUUUUAAUGGUUAAGAGAGCCAUUAAGAAAUGAGAAGGCUUAAGAGUUGCCUCUUGUGAACAUCUCUUAUUAGUUUUAAAGUUAUAUUCAUAGCUUACAAAAAUGUGUCAAAAUAAAGGAUAACUCUGUAUUACAGCUUUCCUAGUAGCUAUGUGGACAGUGUGUGUUCUUUCCUUUUUGACUCUUGGAAAUAGCUACACCCUAAAAUCUGGGCUCCUCUUUUACUGUAGCGAGAUGGCAAUGUUCUCCACAACUCAGUUAUGAGAACUUUAAGUUAAUCCCUACUAAUGUAAUGCUUCUUGGUUUAUAAUACCAUACCUCACAGUAGGUAGGAGAAUUAGUGCAAGUAUCUGAUUUUUGAAACUAGUUUUCUAAAAAUCCCCCCUACUCAUAUAGCAAUGUAAUAAGAACUACCUAUACAGUUAACAUUCUUUCCUUUUUUUGCCAAAUAUUUCAUAAUAAAUCCCUUAAGUACAUACAUUCUUCUAUGGAAGGUUAAGUUGAAAAUACCGUAUUAGCCAGUGUCUUGGACUAUUUAAAUCUCCACACCUAGAUAAAUCUUAUUGGGAACAAGACAAUUAGAAUCUUGAACAAAAGGUGAUGGCUACAUUUUCAAGUCAUUUUAAAAAGGAGACUGCUUUGAAUGCUUUUGUGUGGUUUAGUCUCAAGAACACACACACUUCAGUAAAAGAUGCUGAUAAACCAUUAGAGAGCCCAAGGAAGUUAUUUGUCCACACUACAUAACAGGAAAAUUAGGAAUGUUAUUAAGAAAUUUAGUCAGAAAAAUAAGCUACUUGUUGAAAUCUUUUCUUCUAUUGCAUGUUUGCUUUUGAGCAUCAGCUUCUAUCAAACUUGAAAUCAUCAGAACCGGGCCUAUUAAAAACAGCUUGGCUUAUUUUUAGUGCCAAUAAACUUGGACAGAAAGACCACAAUGACUGCUAUCAUAUUUUUCAGGGUGGGCAUUAAAACAUAAAUGAUGUUUAGCACUGAGGUUCUACUCACCUUGAGUUGGCCUACAUGGAGUUUGUCAUAGUUGCUAAGAAGACAGGGUCUCGGAGCCAAGUCCAAGGGUUUCAAUGCAUAGGGCAGGACAACAGAGUUUUCAUGAACUACCUAAUUAUCAGGGUUAAUCUUAUCUUCUCAUCACACAGAUUCAACCACAAAGAGUAGUCUACUUUCGAAGAACUGUAUAGGCUAUCUUGAGUAAAAGUGUUCCAGUGAACAAAGUUUGCUAAAUCGUGUGUACUAGAAGACAUAGGCACUUUCACAGCCCUCUGCUCCCACCAGAGGUGACUCUACCUGACACAAGGAACACUUGAACAUAGGAACCCUACAACUCCCUGGAGGCUGAAGGGACUUAGGAGAGGAAAAGUUUCAGAUCAUGGCAAGAACUAGAGAUUUUUAGUGGGGUAUUUUUGUUGUGCAGGGCAUUGAUAUGAGCUAAUGUUUUUCAGUAGAUAGUGCAGUGGCUUUGACAUUCAGAAAUAACAUUUGAAUUGGAAUUCAUGGUCUCAGUAAUUUUUCUUAAUAAACACUGGUUAGGAGGCAAAUAGCAAGUAUUCCCUUCUGUUCUACUUAUAGAGAGCUCAGUGCAUUGAAAUGCAUACCCCCCAACAUAGUUCUGUGACUCAUCAGAUUAAUGAUAAAACAGCUAGUGAACAGGACAGAAAUAUGAUAAAAAUGGUUUAGAAGUUCUCUGUGGGGAACCUGUGUCUCUACAGCAGACAUGAACCAAAGUCUGUAGACCUGAACUCACUGAACUGUGAGCAAUACCUAUUUGCCCAUCUUGCCAAAGUGGUCCAGACCCACUACACGGAGUCCAGUUAUCUUUAGUCCCUCACCCUUCACCAGAGUGUAUCCUCAACUGUUAGUCAUUCCUCACUGGCAAAAAAAUAAACUUAGAUCUUUUCUGGAGGCACAGAGUUCCAAAGACGGUGUCUGAACACAUUGCUUAAGGACAUAACAAAGUUUUUACCACUUGUCUCAAGGGGAAAGGAAAUAGUUCUUGGAAGUCAGUGUGUGCUAUUUUAAGAAAGUAAACUGUGUAUUUGAUUUCAGCACCAGGUAAACAGAAUGCACACAUCGUACAAAACUGAAUGACUAUAAUCAGACCAGGUAGCUGUUCUGGACACCAAGACAUCUCAUUGCCACCAGGAGACCAUUCUUGUACCUGAUAGCCACAAUACCAAUCUUUUACACUUAAAAAAAAAAAAAAAAAGUUAAUGUCUGAAUUUCAAAACAAUUUAAGAGUAGCUCACUGGUUUUCCUAAUUUUUUAUGGCUUGGAGUCCAUUUCAAAUAAGAGUCCAGCAAGGGCAGAGAAGAGUUAUGAUGUUCAAGGUCUGGCUGCUUGAGUGUUUAGCCCAGAGUGACACUGAAAUCCAUAAAUAACUUUAAUUAUUAUUUUUUAAUGACAGCACAACUGCCUUGUUACCACUUUUUCCUUAAAUGCAUAUAUACUAUAUUUAAAAUUAAAAUAGAUACCAAUUUACCAAAGAUACAUAUUACUAAUUCUAAGCAAAAAAAAGGGGGGGGACCCAAUCUCAUCCUAAUUUAAGAGAAAAUAAUCAAAAUGUAGUUUUCUUAAGGAUUUAGCAGUUAUACUGGAAAAUGCAUUUUCAACUCCUAUGUUCCAAAAUUUCUGUUCAUGUGGUGCCAGUGAAUUUUUAUAUGAAGGGGAAAAAAAUGCCUGCUUUUUUUUUCCCCCAGCAGCUGUAAUUUCACUUUACCCUUUGCACUUUCUCCCUUAGUUGCCAUUUAACAUACAAUAUUGGCUUUCCUUAUCUCUAGAAAGAAGGCAUGCUAAAAAUAGGAAGGAAUUGUAAUAAUGGUAUUUGGCCUCUACUUUUUGUCUUAGCUGUUAAACUGUUUUUAGUAUUUUUGUUAAAAAUUUGCAAAGGGAAGCAUUUUCUACAGAGGAUAAUUAAUUUCAAGAAAAAUAUCUUGAGUUUUAAGAAAUAAACAUCUCCAAAAAAGGAGACAGUCAAUUUUAUAAAAUGUCGCAACUCUCCAACAUUUGGGGUAGUGACUCCUUUUUUUGUUAGCACAUUUGAAACUAGCAAGCAGCCAUUGUUUCUAAAGAAUCCACCCUUCACGUCAAAUCGUGUUUCUUUCACUUCAUUUUGAAAUAGCUAAAACCAUUAAAACUGUAAAUAUUUUGUUGCUUGGAUAAGCAUCUUCUGGAAACUUUGUAUCUAUGGUAUAUAAUCAUAGAAUUUUAUAUUUUCAUAUAAAGCUAAUUUUUUUCUAGUUUCAACUCCGUUGUUGUUUUUCUUUCUUUUUCUUUCUGUGGUGGAUAUGUGAAUUCAACUUUCUGUGUAUUGAAGUAGCAAGAACCAUCUCUGCAUUCCAAAAGAAUCCAACGUGUUAUUUCUUUGAGGCAGUGAUUGUGAAAGUUGGGCUUUCUUUUUAAUUCCAUUGAACAUUUGUGCAAUAGGAAUUAGACAUAAUUAGUCACUGAAUACAUUCGUUGCAUUGACCCAUUUGGAAAAGUGAUUUUUUUUUUUAAUUUGUUCUGGGGGGAGGGGUUUUGUAACCUGAAAUUUUUCCCUUUUUUCUUCUGUUUAAAACUAUAUCAAAUCAUUCUAUUAUAGUGUUAUUUAAUAUGUAAAUUGUAUUGCUAUACAUAAAAUAAAGUAUGGUUUUUGAUGUA